AUGGAGGAGAUCUCGCUCUCGAACCUGGAUACCAGCAAGCUGGAGGCCAUCGCGCAGGAGAUAUACGUAGACCUGAUAGAGGAUUCGUGCUUGGGCUUCUGCUUUGAGGUGCACCGGGCAGUCAAGUGUGGCUACUUCUACCUGGAGUUCGCGGACACUGGCAGCGUGAAGGAUUUCGGCCUCCAGCCCGUGGAGGAGAAGGGGGCUAAAGGAGCGUGCCGCCUCCCGCUCCGCCCCCUCCCCGCGGAGCCUGGGAGCGGGCCUGAUCAGGCGCUGCAACGCUCGCCUCCGGAAUUCCAGUAG